GUUAUCAAAUAUUAGUGAAAAUUAUUGUCGGCGUUUCAAUGAGCUGGUGUCUGCUAAAUUGAAUUCUAUUGAUUGGUCAUGCCAAUUCAAAAAUAACUAGAUAGUGAAGUUGUAUCAAAAUGGAAUUGAACGACAUUCGACCGGCUGUUGAGGAUCAAGGCGGAUCUUCAGUCAAUAAGGAUAAAGAUAAUGAUGUCACCGGAGUCGAAAAAGACAUUUCCAUUGCAGAGCAAGAUGAUCUUCAAGCCAAAGAAAAAGAAAAGAAACUUGGCCACAGGCGAGUCGGAGUCGACGGUGAGAUCACUUAUAAGAAAAUUCAAACCGGUCAAAUUAUGGGAUCCAUACAGCUUGGAAUUCAACACGCGGUGGGUGGCCUAGCAUCCAAGCCCGAGCGCGACUUGCUCAUGCAAGAUUUCAUGACUGUGGAAACGACGACUUUUCCAAGCGACGGAACCAACCACACUCCGGCUCACCAUUACCCUGAAUUCAUAUUCAAGACGUACGCUCCAAUCGCAUUCCGUUAUUUCAGAGAUUUGUUUGGCAUACAACCGGAUGAUUAUUUGAUAUCAUUUUGUAAUUCACCACUCCGUGAGUUAUCGAAUCCUGGCGCUAGCGGCUCCAUAUUUUACCUCACUCGAGACGAUGAAUUUAUAAUGAAAACUGUUCAACACAAGGAAGGUGAAUUUUUGCAGAAACUUCUUCCUGGAUACUAUAUGAACUUAAACCAAAACCCGAGGACUUUAUUGCCAAAAUUUUUCGGUCUCUACUGUUAUCAGUGCAAUUCAAAGAACAUAAGAUUAGUAGCCAUGAACAAUUUAUUACCUUCCAAUAUAAAAAUGCAUCAAAAAUAUGAUCUUAAAGGUUCUACAUAUAAAAGAAAAGCUUCCAAAGAUGAAAGACAAAAGUCUUCUCCAACGUUCAAAGAUCUAGACUUCAAAGAACAUCAUCCGGAUGGAAUAUUUUUGGAACCCGAUACACAUGCAGCUCUUUUGAAAACAAUGCAGAGAGAUUGUAGAGUAUUAGAGAGUUUCAAAAUUAUGGAUUACAGUCUUUUAGUCGGUGUUCACAAUGUUGAUCUUGCGCAGAGAGAAAAAGAAGAACGCCGUGUUGCACGAUCGCGUAAAUUAGUUGAAAAUGACACUGAUACUUUGUCGGAGACGUCUACUCUGUCUCGAACAGCUGAGGCGAAUCGGCAACGACUUAUGGCUCAUUCUACAGCAAUGGAGAGUAUUCAAGCAGACACUGGAGCAUCAUCCGAUGAGGACUCUUCUUCCCCUAGAGGCGGCAUUCCUGCCAGAAGUGGUAGUGGCGACAGUUUACUGUUGUUUGUCGGAAUCAUCGACAUAUUGCAAAGUUAUCGGCUGAAGAAAAAGCUUGAGCAUACGUUCAAAGCCAUUAUACAUGAUGGCGAUACAGUGUCUGUGCAUAGACCUGAUUUUUAUGCUACAAGAUUUCUGGACUUUAUGACCAAGUCUGUGUUUAAAAAACUUCCAUGUCCUUUAAAGCGGUCACCUUCUAAGCGUCGAAGCAUGUCACGUCCACGUCCGCGUGAUCAGGCUGAUCCCGAAGGUACUUUUUCAACAUGCUCAACUCCUCCUCCAGCAUUUGAAGAUGCCAUCCGACGUGAUUUUGUAUACGAAAAACGUUCUAGCAUGACUCGUCUGAGACGUCCUUCUCCGGGUCUGCGCAUAGAUGGUCCAUCAGGCUCGUCGCACGCCGGCGAGAGUAAGUCAUCAACAUUGAGUGUAGGAUCAGGCAGCACUACAUCUGGCAUCGGGGGUUCAGCAGGCAGACAAUCUGUGGAGGCAACGUGGACCGAAGGCACACCUAGCUAUACGGAGUCAUCAAGCAGUGCUGAUAUGGCAUCAGACACUUUACAGAUUGCAGUUUUAACUAAUGAUCUAAAGUCUUUUGAAAUGACUCGUUUAUAAAUAAUUACUACUAUGAUAAACUAGAAACAAUAUAGUCUAAUCGGUACAGAUGUUUUAAAUAAAACGGUUCGGUGUAGUUUAAACCACGUAUUUGGUUAGUCGGCAUUACAUUUAUACUAGCUUAGGAUAUAACUCCAUAUAAGGUUUCAAUAAUACUAUUUAGGAAAUACAUUUGUAUUUCUUUGUGAUUUGCACCAAGAUAAUUGUCUCACCUAACUUAGAUCAGUAUUUCGUUACUAUUCAUUGUAUUUUCCAUUGUAUACAGUAACUUUGUAUUAAUUUGAUAGAUUUUUUGUCAAUGAUAUAAAAAUUGAUGUGAUUCUGAAAAAAAAAACAUUGUCGAUUAUGAACAAAGAUCUGCUUGAAAAUUUUAUAAAAUUUCGUUUCAGACUGUGUAAAAACAAUAAUUAACAAAACGACUUUUUUUUUAACUAUUUAGCUGCUGAGCCCCUUUUGUUGGAUCUCUUUAUACUAAGGUUUGACAUCUAUAAAAUAAUAAUAAUAUUUAAUUUAAAAAAAAACCCUUCUCCCCGCUUGUAAUAAACAUUUAUAUUUAUAACAUAUUAUAAUAAAGCACAAUGUUCUUAUAAAAUAAAAGCAAAACCAAUUUUUUUUUUUUUUAACAAUAACUGUACAUGUGUUAUAAAAUAUUAUAUUAUAUUAAUAAUUAAACAAAAUGCCAAUAUUCUACAUUUUAAUAUUGUUAUAGAUGAUAACGAUUUGGUUGAAAACCGCUUGCAGCGGAUGAAAAACUUUGUGAUGGCUCGUGUAUUUAGGUUUCCGCAAUCGGAAAAUUAACUUUAGUUAAAACGAUAAAAAAAUUAUGAACCCAUGUUAUUUAUUAUUAGUAUUAUUAUUACUACUAUUAUAAUGAUUGCUAUUAUUAUUAGCUAUGAAUACCUAAUAAUCUUACUAUUUAUAAAAUAAAAACAAUUUUUUCAAUUUGUUUGUGUAAACCCCUACUCAGACUUAGUACUACAGUAUCGAUAAUUUAAAAAAAAUUUAAACUUUGUGAAUGAACUAUUAAAAUAUUAAAUGUUUUAAAAAAAAUA